AUGUCUGAACAAAAGAGCAAAGCCGAAAUCAUCGCUGAGCGUCAAGCCAACCUUCCCCUCCCAGAAGACCCACCUGUCGCCUCAGACUGGAACUCUGCCGAUGCCCGAACAGUCAACGUCGCUGCUGGAGAGCGUCAAUCUGAAAUUUCUACUGGUGAUGCUUCAUCGACUGGAUUGAGAGAACCUGCUACUGCUGGAAGUGGCGUCAACGACCCUCAUUCAAUCAUUAAAGAAAGUGCGGGCCCCGUAGCCUCAGAUUCCCUCGCAGCAGAGUCCGACACCUUCUCGGAGAACCGUAACUCAGAACCUCAAUCUGUCUCUGGUUCCAACUCUACCUUUGCAAACACCAAUACAUCCGGAGUAAUUCGUCUCGACCCUGCUUCUGACGCUGAGUCUCGUCAGGCACAGGAGAACUGGGCUUCUGAGCGUUCUUAUCCCGAUGCUCUAGGAGGUCAAUCUAAGCGUACCGCUGUUGAGAAUACUCAGGGUUCAUAUCAGACUGGUGGCUCGAGCAGCAAUGCUGGCACAGCGCCAAGCUAUGUGAACAGCCAGUAUGUUGAUGCAGGGGGACCGAAAGGGAAGAAUUUGACAGAGGGAGGUUUUGACGAGAACGCCAAGAACGCGAGCUUCAAUCAGGAUAUUGGUGGAAAGAACGAUCCUGGACGAUUGGCAGAACAGAAGUUUGAAAGAGAAAAUGCUGAUGCGGCUGGGACUGCAGGCAUGCCCAAGCAGCAAGGCGUGUCCGGUGACAACACCUACGAUACUCUUGGUGGUGACACUUCUGCAUGA